UGACCUUGCUUACGUCACGGCGAGGGGGAAGAGGCAGCCAAUCAGGAGAGAAGGUGAAGAGGCGGUUUGGGCGGGAGAUGAAGGGUUAGCCGGCUCUUCCUUUUUGUGGCUUUUCCUCAGGUUCGCGAAGGACUGCAAGGCCCAUCAUCCCGGGGGGCGCUCGGAGAGAAAGCUAAAACAAUGUGAGAUGGAUUGGACAAGGCCAAUGUGAGCAUCUGAGCGUUUUGAUGGGAGAAUACCCAGAAAAUCAAAUAGAGAUUCUCCAACAACUUAAAGAUGGCUCCAGUUAACAUUAAAUAUGUCGUGUCUUUCACGUCUCAGGACCCUAAGCAUCCCGUGGAGAACCUUCUGCUGGAAGAGGGCUGCCCUCUUCGCCCCUGGCUUUGCUGCCCCCGGGACCGGAGCCGCCAGCUCAAAGCCGAGCUGCAGCUGGAGCAAGCCACGCGCAUUGGCUAUGUGGAUGUGGGGAACUGUGGCUCGGCUUUCCUCCAGAUUGACGUGGGGCGCUCCUCCUGGGCUCCGGGCCAGAACUACCUCACCCUCCUGCCCUGCACGGCCCUGAUGACCCCGAGCGAGGCCAAGGGGGGCCAGAACCGAUGCGGGGUCCGGAUGUUCAAGAAAGGGGACUUCCUGGCUCCCGCUCUGGCUGAGAAGUGGGACCGGGUCCGGCUCACCUGCAGCCAGCCCUUCAACCGACAGGCCCAGUUUGGCCUCACCUUCCUCCGGAUCCGGACGCCGCUGGACGCAGAGGAGGCACAAGCAGCGCCGGCCUCGUCUCCUGGAAAGGGUCCUGCUGAACCCCCGAGUAACCCAUGGCUUUCCAAUGCAGCCAUUUGCCGGACUUUCUUCCCAGAGGAGCCUGCGGUCUCCGAGGAAGAAGUGGCCCUGAGGAGCCGCUUGCAGCAGCUGGACCCCUCUUCCAGCCCCGGAGGAACCCCCUCGCCCUGCUUGAGCCGCACGGCCAGGAUGGUGCUCAAAGCGGCCUCCGCUUCCUCCUCCUCGGCCCCCCGCAAAAGGGUCUUCCCGCUGCUGCUGGACUCCUCUCCCCUUGGGGCAAAGAGCGGAGAGGAAAAGAGGUCAAGCCCACAAGCGGUUCAGAAGAACCUGGGACUGCGGUCCGAACAGGAAUCCGCUGGAAGAAGAGAUCGGAGGAAAACAAGCCGGAGAAGAGGAUCAGGCUGCAAUAAUGGGGGAAGGCCCAGGAAUGUCUCUCAGAGGAAGGGAGGAGCCCAGGACCGGAAGAGAAAUCGUCUGAAUGUGGAAAGAAGAGAAAAUGAAGAGGGAGGAGUGAACAGGCCGGAGGAUGGAGCUGUGGCCUCAGACACCUGUCCCAUUUGCGCAGGUCGCUUCCCUGCCGAAGCCUUACCUGCGCAUGCCUCCAGGUGCGGAGAAGAAGAGGACCUCGCACCCAGCCCUUCCUCCUCCUCUUCCUCUUCCUCAUCAUCAUCAUGGGAAGAAGCCUGGGUCCAGUGCCCCAUUUGCCAGCUGCCUUUCCGUGCCUCGGAGAUAGAGAGCCACGCCAGUGGAUGCGGGGAUCAGGCCCAGCCUUCAGGCAGCAGUCCUCCUUGGCUGUGGGCAGAAUAGGCGGAGAGCUUCGGCCAACUGAUGUAGUUCUCCAACUGUUAUAGAACUCCAUAUGCUGACGACAACAUAGCCUGUGCUCAUUCAGAAGAAGGCCUACAAACCAUUGGCUCCCAUUAUGCUGAGGGUCUGUGUCUUUGGACAGAGACUUCGCUGGAUAAGGACCCUCAGCGAGGAGGAUAUUGAGAGUAAUAGGCUUCUUACAUAGGAAAGUUGUUUACUUCUACUUCUUUUUCCCGUUAACAAAUGAAUCUCCCAAUGGUUUAUAUCUCCAAACCUGUCCGUCAAGUAUUUUCCUCUCCCUCAAAUAUACGUUGAUAGAAAAGUUUCGAUUCUAAAUCUUUGCGCAGUGAUUUAUCCUUCAACAAAUUCAUUAACCUGUCCAUUUCUAUACAUUCCCACUGUUGCACCUCAGCACCAGUUCACCUUGCUCUUAACACACACUUCACCACAGCAGGCUGGGUUUAAACAGUUUAUUGAUAAAAGAUAGCAAAGUAUGAAUAAAAAGCAGUAAAGAAGGCAAACAUCCAAAUGCAAUGGCACUCAAUAAAAAGCAAUAUUCAAAUGCAAAGGCAGUCAGUCAAAAAGGCUAUAAUCCAGAGGUAUAAGCAAUUUGCAUCCUCUGGUAUAGGAAAUUAGUCCUUGAACCAAGGCAACAUGAACUUUGGCGUAAAAUCCAAAUCAUAGAUUCCAGGCAUGAACAUAAACGAGAAUCCUAAGACAAGGCGGAGCUGUACUUCCAAAAAUCAACGUUGCUUCGUCUGAAAUCUUUCUCUGUCUCUCCUGUAUUUACCCAUGUUUACAAGCCAAAAAAGCAUUUCUCUGUCCUUGCGUUCCCACGCGUUUGUUAGCGAUUCUAAGGGAACGUCUGGGACGAUGAACCUUUAACCUUAACCUCAUAUAUCUAAGGAAGACUCCUCUGAGUCACUGCCAGAAACACCUGGAACUUGUUGAUGUUCGAACUCCUGGGAAAGAUCACCCUUAUCACUAGUUUCUGUUUCCUUGCUAGUCUGUGGAUCCAAGCCAGAGCCUUCAACAUUUCCAGCAUCAGAGCCUUUGAGAUUUCUCUCAUCUGCAUUGCUUUGGUCAGCCUGCAUAAACCCAAAUCCCCCAUCAUCAUCAGACUGAACCACAACACCGAUAUAUUCACUGCCCAGUCUUCCAUGGUUGGCAUUUCGGGUCAUCUUCCAUCCUUGACUAUAUAAGAUUCCUGCUCCUGUUAACACUUAUUGAUUUUAUUUGCUGCCAGAAACAUAGUUGAACAAGUGAUGUAGAUCUCCGACCGUUAUAGAACUCCAAUAUGCUGACGACAAUGUAGCCUGUGCUCAUUCAGAAGACCUACAAGCCAAAUUAAACACCUUUGCAGUAGAAUAUGAACAUGUAUUGUCAAAGGCUUUCGUGGUUGGAAUCACAGGGUUGCUGUGAGUUUUCCGGGCUCUCUGGCCAUGUUCCAGAAGCAUUCUCUCCUGAUGUUUCGCCCAUAUCUAUGGCAGGCAUCCUCAGAGGUUGUGAUGUCUAUACCGUGUUUCCCCGAAAAUAAGACAGUGACUUAUAUUAAUUUUAGCUCCCAAAAAUGCACAAGGUCUUAUUCUCAGAGAUGUCUUAUUUUUCGAUGAAGAAUUCACAUGUAUUGUUGAACAAAAGAAAUGAACAUUGACUAUAUACUGUACAAUAGUUGUCAUCACAAACCAGCAUAACCAGGCAAACUGUGAAUCCUAUCAGGAAUUUCUUGUUAAUUCCAUUAUUUCCAUGUACAACAAUCUAUGGUACGUACAUUUAUCAAUCCUGCAUGCUCUGGUGUUCUGUUCAAUGGGCACACUUCCAAACAAAAACUUUGCUAGGUCUUACUUUCAGGGGAGGCCUUAUAUUUAGCAAUUCAACAAAACUACUAGGUCUUAUUUUCGGGGGAUGUCUUAUUUUUGGGGAAACAGGUAGGAAACUAGGCAAGUGAGGUUUAUAUAUCUGGAAGGUACAGAGUGGAAGAAAGAACUUGUUUGUUGAAAGCAAGUGGGAAUGUUGCAAUUAAUCACCUUGAUUAGCAUUGAAAAGCCUUGCAGCUUCAUAGCCUGGUUGCACAGAUAUAUAAACCUCCCUUGCUUCGUUUCUAAUACAGUAGAGUCUCACUUAUCCAACACUCGCUUAUCCAACGUUCUGGAUUAUCCAACACAUUUUUGUAGUCAAUGUUUUCAAUACAUCGGGAUAUUUUGGUGCUAAAUUCGUAAAUACAGUAAUUACUACAUAGCAUUACUGCAUAUUGAACUACGUUUUCUGUCAAAUUUGUUGUAGAACAUGAUGUUUUGGUGCUUAAUUUGUAAAAUCAACCUAAUUUGAUGUUUAAUAGGCUUUUUCUUAAUCCCUCCUUAUUAUCCAACAUAUUCGCUUAUCCAACAUUCUGCCGGCCCGUUUAUGUUGGAUAAGUGAGACUCUACUGUAUACCUCACAACCUCUGAGGAUGCCUGCUAUAGAUGUGGGCAAAACAUCAGGAGAGAAUGCUUCUGGAACAUGGCCCUACAGCCCGGAAAACACACAACAACCCAGAAUACGAAAAGCUUGGUCUCUGAACAUGGAGAAAACUGUCCUCUAGUGGGCACUUAGAAAACAACAUCCAAGCUAUGCAUUUAAUCGUGUCAGAAGGAAAUUGAGGGUUAUAAUGUAUUUAAAAACACAAACAAAGUUACAAACUUGUCAUUAUACUAGAUUUCCUUUGACCAGGGCUCAGGUUGCAUGUAGUCAGUGCUCUAUGGUUUGUUCUCUACACUCGCAUGUCGACUUGCAGCAUGCAUCCAAGCUAAACAUAUGAAAUCCAUACCAUUGCUAUACAUUUAUAGGUGACUCAAAGGGAUACAUACACAAAGCAUACAAUGCUUGAUUUUCUAGCAAAAGGUCCACUCUCUCUUGAGUGAAAUUGUAUGAGGUUUUGUUACUUUCCCAAUGAUAUUUCACGUUUUAGGAGCUUGGAUUGCAAACAAAAAAUUAUUUUGUUUUUGCACGGAACUUAACUGGAUUAAUUCCACAAUGUAGAUGCACCCUAUCCAGCGGAUAGCAAAACAGGUCACCAUUGGAUUCAGAAAGCCCAAGAUCUUUCACCCACAUAUUCUUCUGACCAAACAAUAAUAACAUAAGGCAAUUUGAAUCAUAAUAAUAAUAAUAACACCAGCAAUAACAAUGCCUUCAUACUCCUUUUAGAAAUGAGUGAUAGGCAAUGGAUACUAAGGAUUUAGCUCAGGCAUGGGCAAACGAGCCCUCCAGGUAUUUUGGACUCCAACUCCCAUUGAUAGCGGAGACCCCCGCUUUUAAAUUCAUCUGACCUGCUGCGGGGAGUUCCACAAAUCCGGAUCACCAACGGAGCGGGACAGUGCGCGGACCACAACGAAUUAUUAUUGAUUUCUUUUAUCACUCCCCCCCCCCAACCCUAACAUUGUAACUAAUCCCCCAAUAAAAGUAUCCCCUUGUUAUGGUUGAGCCUUCUGGCUCCGGUACUGGGAGACGGGGUCGUAAGACUCCUCGAGAGUCAGACUCUUUUGAGGAGCGUGAAAGGAAACGGCUCCGGGACUUAUUUGCAGAACCAACAGAUGAAGACUCAUUUGAGGAUUUUACUGAGGGAAUGGAGGAAGAGAUGGUUAGCUCAGAGGAGGAUGACAUGGCGUGGACUCGUGUGAGGGAGGAUUUGGGUGUCACCGGCACUGAUAGCAUGGGAGGCGAUUGGCGGGUUGCAGGAUCAGACCCAUGGACGGGCUGGAGGGAUGGAGCGGGAUCCGCAGCUGGGGAUGCUGUGGGGCGUAGUCAAAGGUGUUUUAGCUCUGAUGAGGAUGAUGAUGAUGAGGCACCUGGAAUUAGGAUUGCAGCUGACAGCGAUGAGGAGUUAUGAACUGGGAUAAAAUGGGGUUUAGGAUCAAUGGCUAAUUGCGUUGGGCAAGGUAAUCUGGACGAACGCUUGGGCUCUUGUUGGGGAACUUCCUGAAGACGGGUGUGAUUCGUUGCUGGAUACGUAAGUUACCAAGGACACGGCAUAGACGGCGGGAGGAACUGUGUGGGGUUUUUCUGUGCAACUUGUGUUUAAUCUUGAUAGCUUGGACCUACUCUGGAUUGACGCUGGACUGACGGACUGACUACGACCUUGGACUAUCCCUUCUGUGGCUUUCGGUGGAACUUGUGGAACUUUAGACGUCUGCACUUGGCUUUCGACCUUGGACCGGAUUGGGACCCUGCUGACCGCCAUUACCCUGAUUGAUGUGCCUGGACCCGGAUUUCGCUCGUUGCACGGAGGAGUAAACAGCCUGAGUUACUCAUCUGUAGCUUUUGAGUAGCAGAGAGGAAUCUGCUGCCAGUUUUUUGUGUUCAUUUUGACCUCUGUUUUCCAACUUUUGUUUGUUUAAAUUGUCAGGCUGAAGUAAGCACUUUUGCUUUAAUCCGGAUUAAACUCCUGUUUAAUCCGGUUUAUCCUUUCGAACCGUUUUAAUUCAAACGGAGCUGUUUCUGUUACUUUUCACACUGAAGACAAGUGUUUGCCUAGUCCUUUGCUUCCUACGGGCAUUUUUUAGUUCUGUAACUUUAAUAAACUGUGUUGUACUCUAUUUGGUGGCGUUCUGUCUAUGACACCCCUUUUAUCUUGAGACUCUCUCCAGUGGUUACUUUGUAUCCCUUUCUCUGAUUCCUGCAUGGAAAACCUCUCUCCUUUCUUCCACUAACCCAGCCGCCGUUCCAACCCUGGCGGGAAGCCUUCCGCACUCUCCCUGCCAUUGAGUAACAUAGGGGACCGAACAAUUUGACCCAUAACUUUCUCAAAAAUAUUCCAAGCGUGCCUAUCUUUUAUAUUUAACACUUUUAAAGACUCCUGGUCCCGGGACAACCAACAGCGCCUCAAUUGGUCCAUUCUAAAACUUCUAAACAGCUGACUGUCAGAAAAAGCCGUUUCCAAUUGCUCUUUGCAGCCCCGGGCCGCUUCUCGGCUCCCGCGCCUGACAGGAUGCCUUUAUGGGGACACAAGUUUCUCCCAGGGCUGCUGGUGGCGGACUGCCAUUCCCUGGGAGAGAAAUGUAGUUUCUUCAAGGACCAGCUGCGAUCCCCAUAAUGGCAAAGACUCCCGGACGGACUUCUUCGGUUCAUUCAUUCAUUUUUAUGAAUGGACAGGAUUCCUCACUCAUAUACUCUUGCUGGACUCCCAAGGACAGAAAUCAACCUGAGCUGCUUAUGGACUUUUCAUGAAUCGUAUGCUUAUAUGUUUAUGAAAUAUUGGAAUCAAUUCUUUAUUAACUGUUUAGCCAAAUGUAACUUGGUCUGUGGGUUCCCUGGAAGACCCCCAAACUCAUAUAUUUCCCUUUUAUAUAUAUCAUAUUACAGAAAAACCUGGGUUUUUUUAAACCGGAGGGAAUCUGAAUUUCCUCCCUGUUCUCAGAAAAACCACAAUAUGGCUGAAUUGCUGAAUCGCCCACCCCCAGCAUGCAUUUCCAUUCAUAACUCACUCAAUUUUGCACCAAGAAUCACCCCAAUUCAUAUUCAUGACUAAAAUCGCCUAAUCUUUAAAAUACAACCAACAGAGAUCAUUUUUGACCAUUCCUUCUCUGAUCAUCAGCUGAUUGUCAAACUGCGUUCCUUGCCUAAAUCGCCUCCCGCUUUGCGCUAUUAGCGCAGGAAUGGAAAAUAAGCUAUAAAUGUUAAUAUUUAGUGCUUUUUCGGUAAUUUUGGGUGGAAAUUGAUAAGAUAUGAUUUUCUAUAUUCCCUAGUAUAUUUUAAUCAAUGAAGGCAUAGCCUGAACUCUAGCUGACCCCGGAAAUUCCUGCCUUCCCUCACCCUAGAUUCUGGGCUUCACACAUAUAAGAAGGUAAACUGUCACCAUAAAGAUUUAAUCUAUGUUGCAUCUGCAUGGCCCAUAGCCAGAGAUUGACCCCCUAGAUUGGAGCAGUCCCCAGGGUGAUAAAGUCUCAUAUGGUAAUGUUGAUCACAAUCCCAUCCUGGACCCCUGGGGAGCCCAAGGAAGACUUCCCGCUGGUCCUGCCACCGUAAUCCCAUAGUGUCAAUAUUAGCUGACAUCUCCGCCACACCUUAAGGUGUUCAUGAACUGUGUACGUGCAUAAAGGACCCCGGACAUCCCAAAUGACCCUAUUCAAAAACAGCAAUAAUCUUAAGAUUAUCUUGGAAGGCGCUAGCUUCGGGUAAUCACUUUGCAUAAGAUAACUCCAAAUGAUUCAUUCACCCGAACCCAUUGUCUAGCUGACUCCCGCCUUCCCCAACCUGAUUGGCCCUGGCAGAGGCGAAGGUUGUUCCUCAUUGGCCGAGGUGCAGGGCAGAGAACCAAGCUCCCGCCUCGUGCGGCGCCCUCGACCUAUCAGAAGCCAGAUUGGGCAGAGAGACAGGGCGGGAGAUUCAAGCAGACUUCAAACUUAGAAAUGUAUAAAAUUGCUUUAUUUUCAAUGUAUCGUUACAUCUCGCAUGGCGAUCUAUCGCGGCGGAUGUCCUUUUCAGCUGAAUUGCUUUAAUAAAAUGCCUUGGCAGUUUUUCCUUCAA